AUGGCUAUUCGUCAUGCACAAUUAUUACCUAGUUUACCACCAGUCAUUUUUAAACGAGACAAUUUUCGGGUUGAACGUGAUCAAAUUAAUCAUUUACUCGAUACAGCUGAUAAGGGAUCAUUGGAUGAAACUUCAAUUAGUACUAAUUCUACAGAACGUAAUGAUUUAUAUGAUAGUGAUCGUACGGUUAUUCUUCGAAAAUUAUCUAAUCAAACAUUACUUGAUGAAGAUAAGGAUGAAGCAUCAAUUGACACCUGA